AUGUUCAUCAGUUUUGAGGACCAAGAAGUGACCGGCUCAAAAGAUGGCUCUUCCGCUCUUCCAGUCAGCGGCUAUACGCUCCCCGAUUUUCAACCGCUAGCUACAGAGUUUUGCUCCCUGAUGCGAAAUGGCUAUGAACGAUUGGGCUGUUCUUUUGCUGUCUACUACCGCGGCUACCUAGUGGCCCACAUGUGGGCCGGGUACGCAGACGAAAAACGGACAAAGCGAUGGGAGGAAAACACGAAUACUGUCUUGUUUUCGUGUACGAAGAGCAUCUCCACCAUCGUUUUUCACUACCUCCUCGACAAGCAUGAAAUUUCGGUAGAUGAGAAGAUCACAGAAUUCUGGCCGGAAUACGGGCAACACGGCAAGGAUGAGACGACUAUCAUAAAUGUCCUCUCACAUCAGGCCGGCCUACCGUAUACCACGGGUGGUCCCUUGAGCCGAGAGGACGUAAACGAUCCGGAGAGGAUGGGGAAAUAUUUUGAGGAAGCCAAACCGAUUUGGGAGCCCGGAGCACAUUCCGGCUACCACGCCCUCACCUACGGCUUCCUGUUAGACCAAAUAGCACGAAGAAUCGACACUAAAAACCGGGGCAUAGCUCAAAUUUUACAAGAGGAUAUCAUGUUCCCAUACGUCAUCACAAGCCUCUCAAUCGGUCGGCCGGAAGAAGACUGUAAAAUAGCCACGGUAGUCCAGCCGACCGAUGAAGACCUCGAAAAGGCAAAAUUAGAAGAACCGGAAGCUUAUAGAAGGUAUAUGCUAGGAUGUAACGACCAUUUGGAUCGGCUAUAUCAGCAAUGGGAUUGGAUUACCUUAGAUGAGUAUAACAAUCCGGAGAACCAAAAAAUGGCGAUGCCGUCCAAUAUGGGAAUCGGAAAUGCGCAAGGACUAGCUCAACUUCACUCACUUUUGGCGAAAAAACGAUUGAUGUCAGAGGAGUUUUAUGACAUGGUCGAGGAACCAGUGCUCGAGAACGAAAUUGACAUCAUCAAUGGCUAUGAGGAGAAUAAGGGCUAUGGCUGGCAAUAUACGAAAAAUCGAUGGGGCGAAUGGUGCUUCGGACACUCGGGCCAUGGCGGCCAAAACGUAAAAGUGGACGUCAGCCACAAAUUAGCCUUCGCUUUCGUCUGCAAUGGGCUUCAUAUAGCGGACGCAGAUCUCGUCCCCACAUUUGCGCGACUCCAGGAAAAGCUCUACGAUUGCAUCGAGAAGAUUGAAACAUUUGCAUGGCGAAUCUCCGGUCCUGAUAGAAAUAUCAAAACCAAGGGAAUAAAUAGU